AUGCCGCCUACUCGACUAUCUCGUCGCGAAUCUAUUGUUGAAGUCCUCCAACCAGGUCCCAGCACUACAGGUCCCAGCAGCACCACGCGAACCUCCAAAAACAGAGCUCCGAAAAAGCCACUGGUACUUCAUCCGGAUGUCAUCGAGAUAUCCGACUCGGACGAUGACCCUUUCACCCCUCCUGCCCCUCCGGUGAAAAGGAAGAGCUCUCGCGAGCUCCAGUUAGAGCGGGAGGUAAAGAAGUUGAAACAGGAGAACGAAUUGCACAAGAACAAAGCGAAUUCUCUAAGAGCAGAGAUCACCAGUGUGCAAGAUAAACUUACGCAUUUGCUUGCCACUUCAUCGAGCGCCUCGUCGUCAAAGGAUCAUAUGCCAAUAUCCGAUGUCGAGGAUAGUGUGACAUGCGAGAUUUGUACAAUGAAAAUGUGGACACCCUAUAUUCUGGAAUGCGGGCACACUUACUGCCAAUCUUGUCUGCAGGAUUGGUUUUCGACGACGCUAGCACAACACAUGGCUGCACAUCCCAACUAUAAUAUCAACCAACACCAACACCCUUAUGGGGCCGAUAUGUACGCUGCGUACCCAGGCUUCGCUCAGCACCACUAUAUGCACUUGCUUGGUGCGGCUACCCCACAACCCCACUACACCUGUCCAAUUUGUCGCAAGCAGGUGCGGAAUCCCCCAGUGGAGGAUUUCAAUCUGAAGAAGAUUGUGAGGGCUGUUGCUAGUGUGCAAGGAGAAUCUAGUCCUCGAAAGGGAGAGGCGGGUUCUAGUCGAAGGAAAGGAAAAGCGAAGGGAAAAGCACCAGCCCAACGAGAGGACCCAUGGAGCGGUUUCUUUCGAAGGACCUGA